AUGUCGUCCUUUCUCAAGCGUUUCUCUUCCAUCAAGGGAAAGCGUUCUAGCUCCACCCAUGCAAACAAAAUUGAUGCACAGCAGCAGCAUAACCAACAGCCCCACGACAACAAAAGCGACAUUGUGUAUGAGUUGACACGAGAAAUUGUCCAAAGGAGUAAUGCCAUGAGCAAUGAUAGCGAUAGCUCGUCAAGCAGCUAUUUCUCCAUCACCUCUAAUCUCGCAUCGCCAACGCUGUCUUCUGAUUCCUCAAUAUCCUUGUUCUUAACUGAACCCUUGGAUACCACGCCAUCCUCACGGCGACCGAGCACCGAGAUACUGAGCUCCAAGACGCGUCACCAGAGCAACAAUAAGCAGGAGCAGCCCUAUCCCACGACUACUAAACAAGAGAUCGAGGGCGCCAGCAGCUCAUCAGAAGCACCGGUAGCUUCGAGCUUCCAGGUCUCAGAUCAUAGUCGCCAACAGUCACCUCACUCGUUUCGCUCUUUGGACGCGAAAUCUUCGCAGGCAGAAACGCCUUCGGUUCCCGACCAAAGCCAAGAGCAGAGAGCGAUGAAAGGGGACGCGGUUUCGAAUCCCUUCGAUCCUCGUUCCAAGUCCAUCGCAAUGCUCGAAAACAUCUCCGACCCCCAACUCCCUGAUACACAUGGCAGAGAGUACCAAUCGGCAUUUCUGUCACCUGUUCCGACUUUAUCCGCCCUCUCUUCCAGUAGGAAUGCAAGUAUGGAUCACUUUUCGUUGCUACCGCCUCCAUCGAACUUGAGUAAUCUUUCCUCGCCCACCUCAGGGGGUAAGAAAAAACGCUUGAAGACUCUAUCAAGCCUUCUGCUUCAACACGAGCAACAACUUGGUGGCCAACCUCCCUUGCCUUGCCAGUCCAAGAACACUCGAUGGAAUAGCAGGGGUGGAAUUAGAGCUAGUGAGAUGAUGGUUGAUCUCGAGACAACUGGGGUCUUUGUACCUUCAGGUGGUCAGCGCCUUCGUGCAGAAUUUGUCUAUAGGACAGUCAUCCGAUGUGCAGAUGAGAUCCGUCGCCGUGGGCUUGAUCAUCCUAGGAUCUUUCACAACCUGUCUCCCAAGAAGGUCAUCUCUUCGAUGAUUUCCCUCUUAACAGACCAGCAUCGCUGCGAUCUCUAUUCGAUCCAAUGCCUCCGUAUUGAUACCGUUGCUGGCUUGAUGCUGAAUCUUCUGUCCCAGAUGUCCAAUCCUGUCAUCCCCUAUGCCGUCAUGGGGCAGUACUUUAAGCGGGGUGGUCCUACACGCUCCCCAGCAUUGUCAAAUCCAUCAUCCCCUGCCCGUCAGCAAUCUCCCACCCCAAACACGACCCCCCUGAAGCUUUCUCGAACACCCUCACCCAUUAAUUCGCUUUUACCAGCCAUGCCUGCCUUGUCUCUUAGAGGAGGUUCGCAGACCACUAUGGCGUGGGCUCGCGAGCAUUUCGACCUUUCAGCGUUCCUGCAAAUUUUGCCCGAAAUGAACAGGGUCAUCUUAUUGGAGGUCUUACAUCUUUGUCAGGAGGUCCUGGAUCACCAGCUCUGGAACAAGGUGACACUUACGGGAUUGGUGCAGCAAGUCGCCCCAGCGCUAUUCUCAACAGUCUUUGACAAAAAGAUUCUGCAUUCCAUGGCAGGAGGCGCAGGACGAUACUCGGUCCAUGGCGCUCACAUCGGUCUUGAGGAAGGAACGCGCGCAGAGAACCAUUUGUUCAUGACUAUCUUAGUUCGAUUCCUACACAUGACUACCCGUGGCAACACAAGUAACAGCGGCGCCAUUCCAGUAGAGGCGAAGGAUGUAAGGAGCCAUUAUACUCACCAGGCAGCUAUGGCAGCUGCAAGUGCUCAGGCUGAUCUAGUCAACAAAGGAAUGUAUAAUCAGAAUAUAAUUAUCGAGUUCCGAAAGAGCCACGAGAAACUCCAGCAGCAGCAGCAGGAAUACUACCGAAAUAUAGUACGAUUCUACCAAGAGGUGGAUAUUCGACAACAACCUCCUCAGCGUUUUGGUGUUUACAGCGCUAGCCAAAAGCAACAGCUGCAACUUCAACAGCAGCAACAGAACCAGCAUUACAGCACAAUUACACCAGAUCAGAGCCAGGACAGGAUAGUCCCAGAACUCGCAAUGUCAGCAAAGUCUGUCUAUCCAGGAUUUGGUAUGAGUACUGUCGCAAUAGAAGUGCCUAUAGGAAUGCUAGACCAUCCAGGGGCUGCAAUGAAUAGGGCUCAGCAACACAGCCAUCAUUUGUACCGAAUCCAUGCACAGGCGAUGGGGAAGGGCAUUACAGCAUAA